CCUGCCAAGAUGUCCUGCUAUGAUGUGUGCCCACCAAGGACCAGCGUGGCCGUGCCCCAGCCCAUCGCUGAGAGCUGCAACGAGCUGUGCGCCCGCCAGUGCCCCGACUCCUCGGCCUUGAUCCAGCCGCCGCCCGUGGUGGUCACCUUCCCCGGGCCCAUCCUCAGCUCCUUCCCCCAGCAGGCCGUGGUGGGCUCCUCCGGAGCACCGGCCUUUGGCGGCUCCCUGGGGCUGGGCGGCCUCUACGGCACCGGCGCCACCCAGGCCUCGGGGGGCCUCUGCACCUUUGGCAGAGCCUACGCUGCUCCCGCCUGCAGCCCUUGCGCCCUGCCCCGCUACAGCAAGAAGAUCUGGGACACCUGUGGGCCCUGCUAG